UCUGGUUAGUGGUUAGAGAUAAACGAUAAACUUAUCGUAUUUUCCUGUGCCAAAGAUAAAUAAAUUAUUCAGUUUGAGUUUAGGCCAUUAUACAUUGUUGAAGUUUCAGUUUUGCUUACCUAGGUAAUAUGUGUAAUUGGUUUUGUAAAUUGUAUUGUAAAUUUCCUUGGUGGUUUUGUCUGAUUUUGUUGUUUUCUGGCUGCGGGAUUUACUAUACACUAUUUUACCACAAUAAUCCACCAAAUCCUUCACCGAUUGUAAACCUAUGCAAUGUAGAUAAAAGUUUGCAAGACGAAAUUGCUGGUUAUAUGCCAGUUGUUGAGUUAAUUGUGGAGGCUACAAGUAAUGAAGGGAAUUUCAAAGGAAAAUUGUGGAAACAGCUAUCCUACUUUGUUGACAAAUUUGGGAACAGAAUGACUGGUACAGCUAAUCUUGAAAACUCAAUAAAUUACAUGAUGAGCUUGCUUGGUUCAUUUGGUUUGGACAACAUACACGGUGAAAAUGUGUCAGCCCCACACUGGGUGAGAGGUAACGAGUCAGCAUUCCUGAUAUCUCCGAGAUACCAAAAGCUCAACAUGUUAGGUCUCGGCUACAGCGUGGGAACUCCCGAAGAAGGCAUCACUGCUGAUGUUUUAGUUGUCAAGUCAUUUGAUGAACUGCACGAACGAGGCCCUGAGGCUCAAGGCAAGAUUGUAGUGAUCGCAGAGGACUGGCUCGGUAGCUAUGGAGCAACCGUCAAAUAUCGAAGUUUAGCAGCGAUAGAGGUAGCCAAAGUAGGGGGCGUGGCAGCUCUGAUCAGGUCCAUCACUCCGUUCUCCAUCAACACUCCCCACACAGGCAUGAUGCAUUAUCAGGAUGGCGUCACCAAGAUACCUGCGGCAGCACUCACUGUGGAAGACACCCAGAUGUUGCUGAGGAUGAGUCAGAGAGGCACUCCUCUCAAGAUCCAGCUCAAGAUGGAGGCGAAGACGUUGGAAGACGUAGUGUCUCGCAACACAGUUGUUGAACUACAAGGUACUCAGUAUCCUGAAAAGGUGGUUCUAGUCUCUGGACAUCUGGACAGUUGGGACGUCGGACAAGGAGCUAUGGACGAUGGAGGUGGUGCUUUCAUUUCAUGGGGUGCUCUGGCCUUGCUCAAAAGCCUAGGACUCAGGCCAAAACGCACUAUUAGAGCAGUAUUGUGGACAGCUGAAGAGGUGGGGCUAAUUGGUGCUCAGGCGUACGCCAAGGCCCACCAGAACGAGACUCACAACUUCAUGGUGAUGAUGGAGUCCGAUGAAGGAACUUUCACCCCAAGAGGACUGGAAUACUCAGGCUCGGACCAAGGUGGUUGCAUCAUCAAGGAAAUACUCAAAUUGAUGAGCCCUAUCAAGGCAACAGAGUUCAAAAACAGUUCAGACGUUGGAUCUGACAUAACUGUGUGGGCAAACCAGGUGCCGCUGCUGAGCAACUUGAAUGACAACGGGAAAUAUUUCUGGUUCCACCACACAGACGCAGACACCAUGUCAGUGAUGAACUCGGAUGAUUUAGACUUGAAUGUUGCUUUGUGGGCUGCCACAGCCUUCGUCAUUGCUGAUAUGAGUGUGGAUUUGCCUGGAGUGGGUUUUCCACAGCAAAACGUGACCGCUCCUAUAGCAUGAAAUGUUAAAAUGGAUAUGUCUUUUAAUUUUUAGACCAAUAUGAUGGAUACAUUGUUAGAGGUUAUACUGAUUGAUAUUUUUUACCUGUAAAAUUUAGUUAUUGUAAGUGCCUUAUUAGCUUGUAAGAUCAAGUGUACAGUGUAAUCUGAUUCUUGUAUAAAUUUUUAAAACAUUUUA